AUGGACAAUGUAAUGGUGUUCAGGCCAACACUUUUGAAUUUCCACCACCCGAUUAUGGUAAACUCGAAAAGCCAACUCUUCACCUUAUGUGUCCAUUUUAGGGGACAUUUCCAUACUAAUGGUUGGGAAAAGAAGUACAUCGGUGGGGAAGCUUACAAGUUCGACUUCGUCCAAGAAGGUGUGAUGUCUUUAGAAGCACUUCACAGACUGGCAGUUAGAGAGAAAAUGAAGGGGACCAUUACUUACUGGGGAAAAACAGAGGUAAGUCUCAUUACUGAAAUAAAAAAAGAUGAAGAAUUACUUAUUUUCAUGAAAGGGGCUAUAAAUGACUGCAAUGAUUGGGAGAUAGAUGAUGAAUCAUUGGCAAAUUAUGACUAUGAGGCUGAGUUGGGAGUUAAGGUUAGUGGGCAGUGUGAAAAAAAGGAUUCUGAAGCUGAGGUGGGAGUUAAGGCUGGUGGGCAGUGUGAAAGAAGGGACUGUGAGCCUGAAUUGGGAGGUAAAAAUGACGAGGGAGAUGGUAGUGGUGAGAGUGAUAAUAGUGAAGACAUUGACUUUGAGCCUAAUUCUAAAGAAUGUGAUAAUGAAGAUGAUGAUCUUAUUUUCACUGAACACAUAGACUCUGAUGUGGAGUGGUGUGAUAACAAUACAUCACUCCAUGUUGUGCCAAAAGAAAAGAAGAGGAGGAGAAGGCAGAAAUGUGUUAAUCCCCACAAGAUUCCAAGGCAAAAGAGUGUGAUCACUUGUAGUAACUGUGGUGCAAAGGGUCAUAACAAAAAUCAUUGCAAAAGCACAUCCUUAGGUGAAAUGUCUAGCCAAACUGAAUUUGCUAGUCAGCUCACUCAAGAGGAUAAUCUCCCUCCUAUUCCACAGUUUCAUGAGAAUACAACAACUGAAUUUGCAAGUCAAGUCACUCAAGAAGAAGCUAUUCUCCCUCCAACUCCACAGGUUCCUAAGACCUCAAUUCCCAAUCCUAAGAAGCCAUCAAAUCCAAAUCAACAUAUUGCUAUCCAGGAUGGUGCAUUGCAUGAGGCUACACAAGAACAACCUCCAACCAUAUGGGACCAACUUCGGUCCCAACGGAACAAUAAGCCUGGUGGAUCUUCAACAUAUAACAUGAAGCCCCGGAAAUAUGUCACAUUUUCAGACUUGAAUGCAUGUCUUGCUAAACAAAGUACAAAAAUGAGUAUCCUUCUCUUUCAACAGGGUAUCCUUCUCUUCACGAAGGUUCCGAAUGACAUAUGCAGUACGUCGAGGAAUUGGGGGAUCUUCCCAAGCAAAAAAGUCCACACCUUCGUUUUCUUAUUACAUCGACAAUCCGGGGAAACCCUGGAGUUACUGAUAGACGAGGACAUGGUGAAUUUGUGA